GGGAUGGAGGAGUCGGGCGGGGUGCCGCGGGGCCCCCUGUGGGAGGGCGAGGCCAAGGCGGUGCAGCAGUGCCUGACGGACAUCUUCACCAGCGUCUACACCACCUGCGACAUCCCGGAGAACGCCAUCUUCGGGCCCUGCGUCCUCAGCCACACCUCGCUCUACGACAGCAUCGCCUUCGUCGCCCUCAAGUCCACCGACAAGAGGACCGUCCCCUACAUCUUCCGGGUGGACACGUCGGCGGCCAACGGCUCCUCGGAAGGCCUGAUGUGGCUGCGCCUGGUCCAGUCGGCCCGCGACAAAGAGGAGCAGAACCUGGAGGCCUACAUCAAAAACGGACAGUUGUUCUAUCGCUCCCUCCGCAGGAUCGCCAAAGACGAGGAGCUGCUGGUCUGGUACGGGAAGGAGCUGAGCGAGCUGCUGCUGUUGCUUGGCCCGGCCAGGGCGCCCGGCAAAAUGAACGGCACUCCGCCCUACGCCUGCCUGGAGUGCAACCAGCGCUUCCAGUUCGAGUUCCCGUACGUGGCCCACCUGCGCUUCCGCUGCCCCAAGAGACUGCACGCCCCGGACAACAGCCCGCCCGAGGAGGCCAGCACCAAGGCCAGUAGCCCGAAGGUCCCGGAAGGCGGCGGCGGGGGGCCGCCCAAGUACCCCGCCAAGCCCCUCCACCACGCCACGCACCCGACUCGCCACCACUACGCCGGCGCGCCGGAGGGCCAGGGGGGCGUCAGCAAGCCUUCCACGGACUUUCACAACCUGGCGCGGGACAUGGAGAACUCCCGGGAGGCCAGCAGCUCGCCCGCCAGCCGGGAGCCGUCGGAGGGCAGCCCGGAGGGCCCGCCGGGCAAAGCCAAGCGGAAAUACCCGGCGGGGGGCGAGGAGCGGGGGGCGGCCGCCAGGGGGCGCCUGGAGCGGCCCUUGCCGUCGUCGCCGCGGGAGGAGCUGGUGUGCACCCCGCAGCAGCAGUACCGGCCGGCGGGCAGCUACUUCGGCCUGGAGGAGAGCAGCCGCCUCUUCGCGCCGCCCAGCCCGGAGACGGGCGAGGCCAAGCGCAGCGCCUUCGUGGAAGUGAAGAAGGCCUCGAGGGGGCUGGAAGGCGGCGGCGGCGAGGAGAAGGAGCGCGGGGAGGGCGCCUCGCCGGGCAGCGCGCCCUCGGACAAGGCCCUGGGCGGAGGAGGAGGCGGCGGCGGCGGCGGCGGCGGGCGAGCCGGCGGCAGCGCCUUCUCCACGGUGCCGCCGUCGCAGGCGUCGAGCGGCGAGGAGCGGAAGAGCGCCUUCUCGCAGCCGGCGCGCUCCUUCGCGGCCUCGUCGUCGGCCCACGUGGCGCAGCUGGUGCUGGGCCCCAAGCUGAGCGCGCUGGCGGAGGGCGGCUGCCCCGAGGGCGCCGCGCGUCUUUACGCCCCAGACCCGCUGGCCGUCAAGCUGCCCGGAGCGCCGCCGGGAGAGCUCAACGCCGGCAGCGGGACUGCAGGCGGCGGGGGAGGCGGCGGCGGCGGAGGAGGAGCCGCGUCGGGCGGCGGCCUGCCCAAGCAGAGCCCCUUCCUGUACGCCACCACCUUCUGGCCCAAGGGCGUGGCGGCGGCGGCGGCGGCGCCCCUCCAGCUCCAGCUGCCCUCGGCCCUCACGCUGCUGCCGCCCUCCUUCACGUCGCUCUGCCUGCCGGCGCAGAACUGGUGCGCCAAGUGCAACGCCUCCUUCCGCAUGACCUCCGACCUGGUGUACCACAUGCGCUCCCACCACAAGAAGGAGUACGCCCUCGAGCCCCUCGUCAAGCGGCGGCGCGAGGAGAAGCUCAAGUGCCCCAUCUGCAACGAGUCCUUCCGCGAGCGCCACCACCUCUCCCGCCACAUGACCUCGCACAACUGAGGCCAGGCA